AUGCUCCGGGACCAUGGCCUCGAAGCCGUCUUCUUCGACCGAUAUCUCUGGUUCACGACCCAGCUAUUCGGAUACGCAGCCUUAGUCUUGACCCCGGCUGUGGCCUCAUACAACUUCUAUCUUGGAGGGGGUGCCAGAUCCGAUCUAGAUAAGCUUGACCGUCUUGGGUGGACCAAUCUCUCGACGAGAAACGCGAGCCAUUAUUGGUUCUAUGUUGCCCUUGUACUUUGCUUCGCCGCUUACGUUCAGGCUAUGAUUGCCCAGGAGCUGCAGAAGGCGUUGAUGAUGAGGUCCCGGAUCGUGGCAGACCAUGCUACACCCGGAGAUACCGACUACUUUAUCGCUGUAAGAGGCUUGCCAAAGCACAUGCGUACGGAGAAUGCAAUCCGAGCCAUGUGUGAGAAAUGGCAUCAACACGUACGUCAUGUCGCCAUGCUGCGGCCAUCACGGAAGCUCGGCGAAGUCCAUAAACGCAGAAGACAAUGUGUUCGUGCGAUCGAGCGACACGAAUCUAUCUUCAUCGCUACGAUGUUGAGUCGGAGGAAAAAGGAUCCAGCAGGAUUUUCGACUACCUUGCGAAAAUGCCUGGGCGAACGGUAUUCACCAUCCGCGAUUCGGCUUUGGGCUGCACUUGAUUUCACACGGCACAUCGUGCCCGAUGCCUACAGGAGUGUCUCUUCCUUGUACGAAGAGCUACUGCACCUCUCCCGGGACUUGUCAAGGCUGUCGGCCGAGUCAUCAGAGUCGUCACCUGUGUCCGCUAUUAUAACCGUGGCCGACUAUCAUAUUGCGAGAGAGCUGGUGCAGAGUUCCGCUUACAUCGAUCGCAUGGACAUGGAGAUGCGCUGUCUUGGCACGUGCCCAUCACAUAUUGUCGUCGCCAACGUGUUGCGAGCUCCCAGAGCUAGCCAUAUUAUCUCCGAAGCCGUGAGUCUGGUCAGAUUGGCACUGAUUGUGUUAUGGACGAUUCCCAUGGGCGCCACCGGCGUCUUGAAUCAACUGAGCUCUGCAACAUCCCUAUUGCAAGAAGUCUCCGGCCUGCACCUACCGCCCUACACGAUAGGGUUGCUGCAAGGCGUCGUGCCCCAGGUGGCAUCCUCGUUUCUGAUGCUCGUAAUGGUCGAGCUUUUGAAGAUUCUUGCGUCGUGGCAGCAUACUCUGUCCAUUAUCGACGAACAAAGAUCGAUCAACAGCCCCUACUUUUUGUUUCUUUUCUCUCAGCUAUUCUUUACGACUUCGAUGUCGUCUGGCUUAAUCUCGACGGCAUUGAACAUGCUGAACCGGGGACUGGCGCAGCUGCCACGCACGCUGGCUCAGAACUUGCCGCUCGCAGGGACAUACUACGUGGCCUAUCUACCACUGCAGGCCGCCUCGGGGCUGGCUCUCACCGUUCUCCGCAUACGAGCCGUCUUGGCUCACGCAGUCCGGCAGUCGACCUGGCAAAGUCCGCGAGACAAGAUGGCAAAUCGGGCCUCUCGAUAUUCAGACAUCUCUUGGGGAGUGAUGUACCCACUGCCAACAACGAUAACAUCCAUUGUCGUUAUCUAUGCUCCUUUAUCCCCACUGAUUCUGCCAAUCGCAGCACUGAGUGCUGCGAUCACGAGGAUUAGCUAUAGGUAUGCAAUGGUAUAUCAUGCUUCUGUGACCGCGGAUACCCAGGGUAUGUUAUUCUUCGACUCCCUCUAUGCCACAUUCUGGGGUGUGUCUGCAAUGGAACUCGCCUUCAUCGGCUUGUUCAUGCUAAAGGUCAAUCGCCAGCACCUUGCUCAGAAUGUGGCGCAGGUGAGUGUGCUAAUUUUAACACUUUACAUCACACUGCGCUUCUGGACAUUUCUUCAUAGACGAUUUCACAGAGUCAUUAUGAAUCACGCAACUCCAGUAGUCAGCUCUGAUACUUCUUUGAAGCAAGAUUAUAGCUGUCUUUGGUCGGUAUAUCCGGGACAGCCGGUGCGGAAGAAGAAGGAAGAGCAUCCCAUUAUCCAUGACGGCAUGAUCUGGAUUGCACGCGACGAUUUCGGCAUCAGUGACGCUGUGGUCUCAACAGUGCGAGGACGACAUUUUGCAGCUGAGCAUGGUGGAGAAGGCAUCACCAAUUCCUAUGCAUCUGUAGACUCGGCGGGGCGCUUGACUGUCUACGAUGCACAAGAGGAGAAAAGAGAGCCGACUGUAGCUUACGGUCACUGA